AGCUCUUCAACAUGCGCCAUUGACAACAAACGUAGCGGAUACGGCGCGUCUGCUACUUUCGUUCAUUUUAUGCUAACUUGUUAGCACUUAGCAGCAUUAUUUUUUCUUCAGUAAAUAAACGACACAUUUCUAAACAAUGGAGACUAUUUUAGAGCAACAGCGUCGCUACCACGAAGAGAAAGAGAGGCUAAUGGAUGCCAAAACAAAAGAAAUGUUACACAAGAAGUCCACGCUGCGGGAACAAAUUAACUCUGACCAUCGAACAAGAGCGAUGCUGGAUAGGUAUAUGGAAGUGAGUGCAAAUCUCAGAGACUCCUACGAAGACAAAGAUGGAAUGAGGAGGGAUGAACUUGCUGCGAUCUCGGGACCAAAUGAGUUUGCAGAGUUCUACAAUAGACUGAAACAGAUAAAGGAGUUUCACAGGAAGCACCCAAAUGAGAUUUCCAUCCCCAUGUCUGCAGAGUUUGAGGAGCUGAUGAAAGCCAGAGACAACCCCAGUGAGGAGGCUCAGAACAUGGUGGAGUUCACUGAUGAGGAAGGAUACGGCCGCUACCUUGAUCUCCAUGACUGCUACCUGAAGUACAUCAACUUGAAAGGAGCUGAGAAACUGGAGUAUAUCACCUACCUGUCUUCGUUUGACCAGCUGUUCGACAUCCCCAAGGACAGGAAAAAUGCUGAAUACAAAAGAUAUUUGGAAAUGGUGCUGGAGUACCUGCAGGAGUACACAGACCGGGUCAAACCUCUGCUGGACCAGAACGAACUCUACGGAAAAGUACUGACAGACUUUGAGAAAAAAUGGGACAAUGGUACAUUUCCUGGCUGGCCUAAAGAGACAAGUAGUGCUUUGACACAUGCCGGAGCUCAUCUGGACCUCUCUGCCUUUUCUUCUUGGGAGGAGUUGGCCUCUUUGGGUCUGGACAGACUGAAGUCUGCUCUGAUGGCGUUAGGAUUGAAGUGUGGAGGAACUCUGGAGGAGAGAGCUCAGAGGCUCUUCAGCACUAAAGGCAAAUCCCUGGAAUUGCUGGACCCAUCACUGUUUGCCAAGAAUCCUAAAGCCAAAGGCCCUAAAAAAGAUACGGAGCGUAACAAGGAGAUUGCCUUCCUGGAAGCUCAAGUCUAUGAAUAUGUGGAGAUCCUCGGGGAGCAGAGGCAGCUGACUCAUGAGAACGUGCAGAGGAAGCAGGCCAGAACCGGAGAGGAGCGUGAAGAGGAGGAGGAAGAACAGCUCAGCGAGAGUGAGAGCGAAGAUGAAGACAACGAGAUCAUCUACAACCCUAAGAACUUGCCACUGGGCUGGGACGGCAAGCCAAUCCCAUACUGGCUCUAUAAACUCCAUGGGCUGAACAUCAACUACAACUGUGAAAUCUGUGGAAACUACACUUACAGAGGACCCAAAGCCUUCCAGAGACACUUUGCAGAGUGGAGGCAUGCCCACGGUAUGCGCUGUCUGGGAAUCCCCAACACCGCUCAUUUCGCCAAUGUCACACAGAUCGAGGAUGCCGUCUCUUUGUGGGCAAAGCUGAAGUCCCAGAAGGCAUCAGAGCGGUGGCAGCCAGACACAGAGGAAGAGUAUGAGGACUCCAGUGGAAAUGUCGUCAAUAAGAAGACCUACGAGGAUCUGAAGCGACAAGGCUUGUUGUAGGUGGAUGACGUGACCGAGCGACACAAAAAAUGAAAAAGGCGUAACAUUUAAGUAGCCUCCUUUAAAACUGAUUAUAUUUUUUAUCACACAUUUGCUCAUGUUUCUCUUUUUAUUUGUAAGUAGUAAUGUUUUACAGACUGUGUCUCUCCCUCCAUUUCUUCCUUUCAAAACUUUGUAAUGUGGCAACUAUUGAUCAUUAUAAUAAACAGAGUACUUUUGUCA